AUGUAUUACAGGACUCCUAGUUGGAAUUUCGCUCCCAAUCCAGAUAAACAGUGGUUAUUAAAUAAUACAGGUAGAAUGUUACCUAUACAUCAGAAAUUUACAGAUUUAUUACAGAGAAGACGACUUCAAACAUUACAGUCAGUAGAUGAUCUGGUUCAGAAGGUAGGACUAUAUACUAUACUACUCAAUAUUCUAUUAUUAUAA